UGGUUCGGAGCGAAGGUUCAACUUUAUUAGUCCAACAAAAAUCUUUCAUUUCUUCGAAAGAUCGACGAGAUGUUUUGUGAAAAGGGUCUUGAGCUGAUCAAAGAACUUCAGCGUACAAAAGAUACUACAUUGCCUCACUAUAAUGAAGAUGGCGUCCGUCAAGUUCUUGAGGAAGUCCGUGCACUCAACGAAAAGAACCAAGAAGAAGUAGUGGCUGUGGCUGGUGGGGAAGAAGCUCUUGUGUAUGGUGUCGCACUCAGACAUGGAGUCAUCCAACGCAAUAAAAGAUGUCUCUUGGCCUAUGUGCAUAACAGAGUGAAACAAAUUCAAAAGAUGCGGUGGGAGUUUGGAAGUGUUUUGCCUGCUGAGAUCAAGAACAAUUUAUGUGAGGAUGAGGUCAAUUGGUUCAAUUCGUACAACAAAUCGCUGGCAAACUACAUGAGGUCAAUAGGCGGGGAGGGAGGACUAGAUUUGACACAAGAUAUGAAACCCCCGAAAUCACUUUAUAUUGAGGUGCGCUGUUUAGUUGAUCACGGAGAAUUCGAAACUCAGGAUGGCAACGUUAUUUUACUGAAGAAAAACAGUCAACACUUUCUUCUGCGAUCUGAAUGUGAAAAUUUGAUACGCCAAGGGAUUCUGGAACAUAUCAUGCACUGAUACUCAAACAAAAUGUAUUGAUGGAAAGAAAAUGGACCAAGAUCUUUGUGCUUGCAUUUACCAAUGAACAUGGAGAUGGACAAUGUCAGCAAUGCUCAUGUGAUGAUUUGACACAGCUCUUUCGUGCUACCAAGGGACAUCAUUAUGGAAGAAAUUAGUCUGCCGUAAAUUUUGUUGCAUUGUCUUCAGAUACCUGUAGUUUAAAUACAUGCUGUUA